GUCCAUUGAUUUUUAAGGUGUUGCUGGCGUUGCUGAUUCCGGGGAUUUCGUUUCUUUAGAGAAAGAGAAGAAAGAGAAAAUUAGAAGAUUGAGUAGCAUUAGUGGUAAUAGAGAAAGUCCCAGUUCAGGUCCCAAUAGCAGCCCACACUGUGAAACUGAAAUGGGUAGCUCUUGUUGCUGUGAUUUGUCUUCUGAUAAUAGAGAAAAUCAGUGCCCUUCACAUUCACAACCCUCUUCUUCUCCCGUCACUAAUUCUGCCACCAAUAUGUUUAACAUACCAAAGAAGUUCUUUCAUGACUGCAAUCUCAUUAAUCAUUCCUCUGUUCCACGGAAGCUACGGUCAGCCAUGAAGAAGCGCAGUUGCGAAUCGAUCGUCCCUCCUUUACCAGAUUCUAAGAAAACAAACCAUAAACUUGGCGGAGAUGAAGUGCAUAGAAAGAAUGGUCUUAAGAAACCAAAAUUGAAUUCGAAAGGAGAGGCAGGCUGGUCCAGGAAGGCGACAGUUUCUGGACCAAUCACAAAAGAUGAGGAAGAGGUUGUGAAGACCCUGUAUGCUUUGGCGGGAAUGUUCCCUGACGAUGACUCAAUGGAUAAGGACAAAAUGAAUGGUGAACCGAUAGAAGUAAAGGCUUCAGCUCCUCCAGAAACCGUCACAGCAAUUGAAGUUAAAAAAGAAGAUACAAACAAAGUUCGCCAUCCACAAGCGGCCGAGACUGUUCCUCCAUUCACUGUAGAGGAUUCAACCAACGAUGCUGCUAAACUCAAGUCUUUGAAUGAAACUACCUCUCAAGAUCAGCCUAACUUGCCAGGAAGCAGAAAGCCCCAUUUUGAACAAGAUAGUGCUGGUUCUAAAAUGAGGCAGAUUGGUUCCAUCUCUUUCUUGGCUAGGAGUGAACCUGAAGUUGAUAAUUCAUCUUGCAUUCCUGGCGACUCUCAUGUUCUCUCUGAAUUAAUCUUAACUGGGUUGAAGCGGCAAUUGGUGACGAAUCUUUUUGAGAGAAAGGCAGAAAUGGCAUUUGGGGUUACUGCUUCAGAAAGCCAAAUGGCAGAGCAAAAUAUUAUCAAGGAGCCCAGAAAAAAUGGUCUUGCAUUGUGGCAAAGCUCAGCCAUUGGCCCUAUUACCCCUGGAUCUUCAAAAUCAUUUGCUAAUAAAUUUCCUGCUUGGUUGGAUGCUGCAAUCUAUGGCCCCAGGACAUGUUCAUUAGAAAGUGGUUCUUUGACUGAAAAGGCUUCAAAAGUUGCCAUGGAUAGGAAGUCAACGAAGAGGUGUGUUACUCAUAUCUACAUCAGCCGUCUCAUUCGAAAUUUACAGAUGCACAACAAAGACAUCACUCUUCAACAGCCUCUUCAGUUGAAACCCCAUAGAGGAGUACAGCAAACAGCUCUCUUGUAUCCAAAUGAUCGCGGUAACUUGAGAAAUGCUGUAAAUGGCAAUAUACCUAGUAGCUAUUCUGGAAACUCUGCUCCCGGUAGAAAUGAUUAUGAAACUAGAAAUGGUAUUCUACAGCCGAAGAUUUUCUAUCAGGAACACCCACAGGUUGCUUCAGCAUCUGGGAGGAACACUUCAAAUAAGCAGACUUUGGAAUUCUUGUCUUUGUCGACUGGGGGCAUUAGUAUGGAAGUUAAUAAUAACUCUAUUAAAGUUGGAAAUGCAAUUGAAUCACUGUCACAAUUCCAAGGAAAAGUUCCUUACCUUCAUUCAUUUCAACAACACCAGUCACUUGUGCCUUUCUCAGUACCCGCAACUUGUUACACAGACCCCCUUUCAACGGCAACAGCUACACAGCAGGUCCAACCGCAGCUACCUCAAUAUCCCAGUAACCCUUUUUGCGUCCCUCCUUACAUGUGUCAUUCAGGAGUUACAAAACAACAGCAACAUCAGCGACUUUGGGCAGCUCACCUAGCAACUCAGUACAAGCCUGGUGGAACCUCCACGGUCUUGACCCAAUUUCCGAGCAGGCAAAAUGGAAAGAACGAGUCCUGUACUUCGAUUCCUUAUGCUCAUAAUGCCAUUCCUCCCUUUUCAAGUCUAGAUAUUCCGAGUCCCAAGUCUAAUAUAGUCCCACAACAUCAACUGCUGAAAAUGGCCAUUUCUUCAUCUUUGCCCCCAACUAGAGCGAAAAGGUCAGACCACCAUCUUCCAUCCAUAUACGACGAAAGGAAUGGUAGAUUACGCACUGGUGGAACGCUGUCUUUGCAGUUACUCUGCGAUGAGCGCCUCUGAAGUUUGAAUUAGGUCCCUUCCACUUACGAUGCACAGUAAGCAUUGUUUUAUUCUUUCAACUGCAGAUCAUAGACGGUGCUCAUGGUUGCAACGAUGAAAGAGUGAGAGGCUUAUCUAAUUGUCCUACAGAUUCGGGCUUGAAAUAUAAUGACACUAAUAUUUAGCAAGAAAUUUUAAUGCC